CCCCUUCUCUUCAGCUGCUGACAGCUUGUUUUCUGCGCGAGCACGGACGGCAGUGACUGAUUUAUAGCCCUUAUUACUGCUCCUAACAUUGCCCGAGCAUAGUGUACCAUGUCCCAAAAAGCCUUGUCCUCAGAAACCCACUCUGCCUCUUUACAGCAAGGAUCCAAACAUCGUAUUCUCAGUCAGCGCGCCCGAUGUUGGAGUGUUCAAAGCAGUCGGCCAUGGGAAAAAAACCCUUGCUUCUAAGAAACCUUCUGCUCCAACCCGCGGUAUCACAACUCGCUACAGGAUGGAAGCAGAAUUGCGAGACCGAAACCAGCUUUUGGAAGCAGCCAAUGUCAGCUUGCAUGCCAACCUGACUAACGCACAGGGUACCAUUAAAGAGAUGACUGAACGUCAAGUAGUGCUGGAAAAUGAUCUCAAAGAGUUAAACCGGCGGUUAGAAAAAAAUUUGAUUAUCCUUGAAAACCGAAAUAUUGAUCCUGUUUCAGGGGAAGAAAUCCUGGCAUCUGCUGAAGAAACCAGCAAGUUAAGAUCAGAAACAAAGCUCUUCACAGAAAAUCUUUUAAAUGAAUUGCAGAAUUUCAGCGAAGCAACCAGCGAGCAAAGAACCCUUAUGCAGACUGUUAUGGCAAAAUGGAAGGAAGCAGACAAAGGAAGAAAUCAAUUUGUGGAUGAGCAGAAAGCACUUGAGAGAGAACUUGAACAGUUCCGGGAAUGCUUACUGCAGGCAGAGAAGCAGCUGAAUGUGUGAUGAACAGCAACUAAAUGUUCCUAUCUUUUGACAAAGCAAGAGACUACCUGGCUGUACAUAUUCAUUGCAAAAUUGCCCUCCUCUGGAUCCUGGGAACAUGAAAUAUAACUAAAGCUAUAAUAAAUGCACAUUGUAUCAGUGCUACACAAUUUGUUGGGCCCUCUAAAAAUACAUUUUAAUAAUAAUAAUUGUACACUUGAGAACAAGCAAAUUUACACACACAGUUCAAACUUUUUAAGUGUUCAGAAUUGUUUCCUGUGGUGUAUCUGAUUAUUAUAAUAUAGAGAGAAAGCAUGAGUGUGUUCAUGCCACACAUUGUAGAAUGGCUUAUUAUGGCAUACGCUUCAGCACUGUGUGAUGGAUAGUCAAUGUCAGCCCAUGACAAAACAAUAAGAAUAAUGAAAAACGAUGUGCAGCAUAUUACAAACACCCUUUUAAUUUGAUAGAAAAGCAAGGGCUAAAUUGAUUUCUAGAAUAUGACCAGCACUAUGAUCAGAAGGGAGAUCGCUGCAUUAUUAGAAUCCGGAAGGAACUUGUUACUAGUUCAUAAGCUUGCAAUAUAGAGUAGCAUCAUUUUUAGUUCAUCAUUUUGCCUUUAUUUAGGUGGUCCGCAAAUGUCAGAUACCACUGAUUUUGCACAUCACCCAGACGGGCAAGAACUGUAUUCACACACUCUGGGGAAACGUCUUGUUUAUAGCCUGUAAAUAUUCCCUUGUUUAUUUGUGAAUAAAUCCAGUUUUCAACGCUCA